AUGUCCGGGUAACGGUUUACGGAGGAGAACAGGAUACCCAAAGCAGUGGUUUGAUCAUUCUAACUGGUUGUGGCUGAUUAAAUCCACAAAUAAGCUAACAAUAAUGUAGUUAAAAGAUUACUGAGGAAGGCAGAGCUUCAAGAAAACCCAAAACAUGGCGACCGGAGGCUCAAAGAAGAUGCGACCAAGAGAGCUUCCUCCUCUGCCUCAGCGAGGACAACGAUCCCUUCCUACCAUGCCUGGUCAAGACACAGCUGGAGAAGUGCCAGCACCGAAACACAAGAAAAAAAGGGUGAAGAAGGAGACGAAUGGAGUGGAUGAUAUGGACGAUCAGGGUAUGGAGAUGGGAGGUGUGGGCAGCCGGAGGGAAUCUGAGGUCGGAGACCAACUCACGCUGGAAGCCACAACAGACGCACCUCCACAGAGGAGGAAGAAGAAAAAGAAGACAGCAACGAUUGAUCUGGAUGAUGACCAGGCAGACCUUGUGAACGGAGAUGCAGCAGAUCAGAUGACUGAUGGAGAGGAAGUGGUGAAAAAAACAAAAAAGAAGAAGAAGUCAAAAAUCGUUGAAUCGCAGCUCCCUGAUGAGUUAGAUGUAGCAGAGGAUGACACUGCUACAGACACGCCUCCUCCUAUCCCCCAGCAUGCCCUGUUCACGGCCCCGCAGGGUCAGAGCCAGCCUGUGGGGAAAGUCUUUGUGGAGAGGAACAAGCGUUUCCAAGCUGCAGAGCGCUCAGACUGGAGGAAAACCAGCAUUCAGAUGGAUAACAUGACAGAAUUCCAGCAUGUUCAGCCACUUUGGACCACGAGAGACAUUUCUGUUAGAGUGCAUGAAGCCUUCAGGAUGUUUGGUCUGUAUUGUCACGGCAUCCUGGCGGGCUAUGCCAUGUGGAAUGUGGUGGUCGUGUACAUGUUAGCCGGGCAGCACCUCACUGCUCUGUCCAACCUGCUGGAGCAGUACCACAGCCUGGCGUACCCCUCCCAGUCUCUGCUCUACAUGCUGCUCGCCAUCAGCACAGUGGCUGCCUUCGACAGAGUGAACCUGGCCAAAGGCUCCAUGGCUCUCAGAGAGUUUGUGACGCUGGACCCCAUCGCUCUCGCCUCAUUCUUGUAUUUCUCAGCGCUGGUUCUUUCUUUGAGCCAGCAGAUGACCAGCGACAGAAUCAAUCUGUACCCAGCCUUCAAUGCAACAUUAUGGCCACCAGGGUCGGAGCACCAGAUUCUCCACCCAUGGGUGACCAUAAACCUGGUGGUGGCUCUUCUCGUUGGACUGGCCUGGAUCUUCAUCGCCACACGACCAGAGAAAGAUUACACUGAGUGUUACUUAAUGGCCAUGGAGAUUGAGCCUCCAAAACAAGAGGAGAAAUCAGAAAUGACUGCCUGAGAAACAUGUUUUGUGUAUCUUCUUUGAUACUGUACUGUUUUGUUGUCAUUUUGCACUGUUUUUCCACUGUAUUUUUGACAAAGAACUCUGAAUGUGUUGUGGAGUGUUUUUGUAUUUUGGAAAUGUGUCACUUUUUAAUAAAGUUUUAUCCUAUGGA